CCAUAGCUCAAGAACUACUGAUCGCAAGUCAGUGGUUAGGGUUGACCAUCAGGUAUCAUCCACACCAUUACUGACAGCAACCAGUCUGGCACCAAAUAACCGGAGCAUCCUCACCGACAACUUGACCUCAAAGAUGCAAGACAAGGCUAAGGCUGGGAUUAAACUGUG